AUGGCGACUGUCACAGUGCGCUUAAUCCGAUCUUUUGAACAUCGAAACCUAAAACACGUGGUUUAUCACGAAGUGGAUUUAUCACAGAGUGUUAAAGAAUUCAAAGACUUCAUAAGAAACGAUAUUGUUACAAGACAGGGCCUGCCUCCUCCAUUUAAGAAGUAUUCCUUUGACACACUGAAGAUAUCUCACAAGCCUCAUGGGUCAAAGAGUAAUGACCCAGUAAUUAACUUGGAGAAUGACGAAGGUCUGAUUCUGAAAGAUGCCUGUACACUGAGAGACAGUGGUGUAGAUAAUGAAACAGAGAUAUCAUUCUUCAGACUGGAGGAUUAUGAAGUGUACAAGAAAAAUCCACAUCUUGCCUGGUGACACUAUAGUUUCACACAUUGGAUAUUUUCUUUAUUCAUAAACUAUUGAUCAUAUUCCUCCUGUGAAUCCAUAUUCCUCCUGUGAAUCCAUGUGAGGAAUUCUGAGAAAGAAUCACAGUGAGAGAAAGAGAUAUCAACAAUAUCGACUAUGUACACGAUCAACCAGCCGGAAAAUGAAAGUAUACAGUGUCAAGUUUAUGCAUAAAUAAAAAAAAAAUUGUUUCAAGAGAUCAAGUUUUUAAAGCCAAUACAACUUUUAAUUUUACAUAGUAUGUACAAUGAAAUUGUAGAAAUGUAUCAAAAAAUAAAGUUAAAAAUACCA